AUGUGGAAAGUUCUACGCAUGAUAAAAAGUCGUUACAACGAUAUUACAAAUCCUAAAGAUGUCUUCGCAACACUUCAACCAAUAUUUAUUGUUUCUCUUUUAUUUGGAACAGUACCAAUUCAAAUAGUUGGUCCUUUUGGAAAUCGUUCGGUUAAAUCAUCAUAUUAUGCAAUUGCCAACAUGAUGUUUCGUUUGUUUUUAAGUGCAUAUAUUUUCUACAGUGUCGUCAGUAAGAAUGAGUCUGUAUCGCUAUAUUUCUUUGAAACUAAUGUUACAACAUUUGCUGAUAAUAUUAAAAAAAUUAACGGUUUAGUGGGACUAUCAGUUACUAUCAUUGUUGCUAUGAUAAAGAAAAAUUACCUUGCAAAGUGUUUGAUUUUAUUGGCUAAAAUCGAAAAAAAUUGCCUUGCUUUGGGAAUAUGUUUGAAUUAUAAACGGGCAGUGAAUGUGCUGAUGCUGCAAAUGUUGAUUUUGGCUGCGUUGAAUGGAAGUUUUAUAGUUGGGAGUAUUUAUGGAGUUUUCGAGAGAUACUACAUUCAUCCAAUAUUUGUGGCUAAGUUAGGCUUUUUCUCACCGUGCAUUUUAAUCACUGGUAUAGUUAUUAUGUUUACUUGUAUAACUAACAGGAUUACCAAGUAUUUUAGUUGUUUGCAUAAGGUUCUCAAAAACUUGUCAAAUCAAUUAGAAAACCGAAAAAUCAGAUCAGUUUCGGCUCAAAGUCGUUCCAUUGAUUGCCUUGAUUCAAUAGUGAAAAAGAUGCCAUGCGAAAUCAUUCAGGAGUCAAUGGAGAUUCAUCAUUUGAUUUGUGAAGCAGCUUCAACAGCCAACAAGUAUUUCACCUAUCAGCUUUUGACCAUUAUUUCGAUAGCAUUUUUGAUAAUUGUUUUUGAUGCUUAUUACGUUUUGGAGACUUUGUUGGGAAAAUCAAAACGUGAAAGCAAGUUCAAAACAUUUGAGUUUGUAACGUUUUUUUCUUGCCAGAUAAUUUUGUAUCUGAUUGCUAUCAUUUCAAUUGUUGAAGGGAGUAAUAGAGCUAUCAAAAAGAGCGAAAAAACUUCAGGAAUUAUAUGUGAUUUAUUGAUAAAAGCUAAAAAUCUGGAUGUUGAGCAGAAAUUUCAACAAUUUUCAAUGCAAUUGAUGCAUUUGAAAAUCAAUUUUACUGCAGCUGGACUGUUUAAUGUUGAUAGGACAUUAUAUUUUACGUUUUCUGGAGCACUCACAACUUAUUUAAUAAUAUUACUACAAUUUACUUCAAGCGCACCAAAUUGUUCUGCGCCGUGUAUUUUUGGGAAGGGGCCAAAUGCAACAAGUAGUAUUGAAACUCUUUAA